GGUGCGGGGCGUCACUUCCGGCCUCGGCGGCGGCGGCGGCGGCAGCAGGAUCAGCCAGGGGGCCUUCCCGUCCGCCGCCAUCUUGCCGAGCGGGCCCACGCGCCGGGAAGGGCCCCCCGCAGGGCCACGCUAGGCCGGCCCAUGGGAAGAUGCCCCGCGGAGCCCACGGAGGAGGAGGAGGAGGAGGCGGAGCUGGAGGGGGACGGGCGCUGCUGAGGCGGGAGCUGCGCCUGCUCGAGUCCAUCUUCCACCGCGGGCACGAGCGCUUCCGCAUCGCCCGCGCCUGCCCCGACGAGCUCGGCUGCGAGUUCCUCCCCGGGACCGGAAGCGGGCCCCCCCCGGUCGUGCGCAUCCACGGAAACAUCACGGAGUCUUACCCGGCGGUGCCCCCCAUCUGGUCAGUGGAGUCGGAUGACCCCAACCUGGCCGCCAUCUUGGAGAGGCUGGCCGACGUCAAGAAGGGCAACACCCUGCUCCUGCAGCACCUCAAGCGCAUCAUUUCGGACCUCUGCAAGCUCUACAACCUCCCGCAGCACCCGGACCUCGAGAUGCUGGACCAGCCGCUGCCGGCGGAGCAGAGCACCCAGGAGGAGGUCUCCUCGGAGGAAGAAGACGAGGAAAUGCCCGAGGACACGGAGGAGCUGGACCAUUACGAGAUGAAGGAGGAGGAGCCGGCCGAGGCCAAGAAGGCCGAGGACGACGGCAUCGGGAAGGAGAACCUGGCCAUCCUCGAGAAAAUCAAAAAGAACCAGAGGCAAGAUUACUUAAAUGGGGCAGUGUCUGGGUCUGUGCAGGCCACUGACCGGCUGAUGAAGGAGCUCAGGGAUAUUUACCGAUCGGCCAGCUUCAAAGGCGGAAACUAUGCGGUGGAACUCGUCAACGACAGCCUCUACGACUGGAAUGUCAAACUCCUGAAGGUGGACGAGGACAGCGCCUUGCACAGCGACCUCCAGAUCCUGAAGGAGAAAGAGGGGUCCGACUUCAUCCUCCUCAACUUCACCUUCAAGGACAACUUCCCCUUCGACCCUCCCUUCGUCAGGGUGGUCUCGCCUGUCCUGUCCGGAGGGUACGUCUUGGGCGGAGGGGCCAUCUGCAUGGAGCUCUUAACGAAGCAGGGCUGGAGCAGCGCCUACUCGGUGGAGUCGGUCAUCAUGCAGAUCAGCGCCACGCUGGUGAAGGGCAAGGCCAGGGUCCAGUUCGGGGCCAACAAGAACCAGUACAGCUUGACGCGGGCCCAGCAGUCCUACAAGUCCCUGGUCCAGAUCCACGAGAAGAACGGCUGGUACACGCCGCCCAAGGAAGACGGCUAGCGAGGGAAGGAAGCCUCUGUCCGGCCAAGCAGGAGCCGCCCAAGGGCCGCACUCGGACCGCCGGCCUUUCCUCUUCCUCUUCCUCCU